AUGGCAAACCCUAAGGUUUUCUUCGACAUGAGCAUCGGCGGAUCACCGGUCGGAAAGAUCGUGAUGGAGCUGUUCGCCGACACCACUCCGAGAACAGCUGAGAAUUUCCGUGCGCUAUGCACCGGUGAGAAGGGAAAAGGUACUUCCGGGAAGCCUCUGCAUUUCAAGGGAUCGUCCUUCCACCGUGUGAUCCCGAAUUUCAUGUGUCAAGGAGGAGAUUUCACCAGAGGAAACGGAACCGGUGGUGAAUCGAUCUACGGCAACAAGUUCGCCGAUGAGAAUUUCAUUAAGAAGCACACCGGACCUGGAAUCCUGUCCAUGGCUAACGCUGGUCCGAACACCAACGGCUCUCAGUUCUUCAUUUGCACAGCUAAGACGGAGUGGCUCGAUGGCAAGCACGUCGUGUUCGGGAAAGUUGUUGAAGGAAUGGACGUCGUUAAGGCGAUCGAGAAGGUCGGAUCUGGCAGCGGAAGCACCUCCAAACCUGUAGUUAUCACCGAUUGUGGUCAACUCUGA